CCAGUGUGUGUUUUGACGUUGUUUUGUUGAGAGCCGUCUACACACACUCACACACACAGCGAACCUCCGGAGACCGUCCGCAGCCUCGGAUACUGAAGAAGGAUCGGGCUGAAACAUGGCGUCGGACUCUCCCCGCAGGCCGAGCCGCUGUGCCGGAGGCGUUCUGGUCCGAGCUCAAGCUGCUACGGAGCAGUCGUACAUGGAGAGCGUGGUGACCUUCCUGCAGGACGUCGUCCCUCAGGCGUAUACUGGAGCUCCGCCCACGGACGAGAAGGAGAAGAUCAUCUGGGUUCGCUUUGACAAAGCAGACAUCAACGAUACUUCUCGCAACCCGGAGUUUAUGGAGAUGCACAGCGGCACGACGGAGCCUCCCCUCUGCCUGAUGAUCGGGUACACUGACGGGAUGCAGAUCUGGAGCGUGUCGCUGGCCGGUGAAGCUCAGGAGCUGUUCUCGGUGCGUCAUGGUCCGGUGAGAGCGGCUCGCACGCUGCCCGCCCCGCACGUCGGUCCUCUGAAGACGGACACGUUCGCUGAGAAGAGGCCUCUGCUCGGCGUCUGCAAGAGCACCGGCUCGUCCGGAACCAGCCCUCCUUACUGCUGUGCCGACCUGUAUUCCCUGCGGACUGGAGAGAUGGUGAAGUCCAUUCAGUUCAAGACGCCCAUCUACGACCUGCACUGCAACAAGCAUAUUCUGGUUGUGAGUCUGCAGGAGAAGAUCGCUGCGUUCGACAGCUGCACCUUCACCAAGAAGUUCUUCGUAACAAGCUGUUACCCCUGCCCUGGCCCCAGCCUCAACCCUAUAGCGCUGGGAAGCCGCUGGCUAGCCUACGCUGAGAACAAGCUGAUCCGGUGCCACCAGUCCCGUGGAGGAGCCUGUGGAGACAACGCACAGUCGUACACAGCUACAGUGAUCAACGCAGCCAAAACUCUGAAAACCGGCCUGACGAUGGUGGGGAAGGUGGUGACCCAGCUGGCGGGCACCAUCCCGGCGGGCACGCCGGACGAGGAGGGCGCGCCGCACAGCACGAGCCGCCGCAGCCCCCACAACCCCGGCGUGGUGACCGUCAUCGACACGCACAGCGUGGGAGAGGGACAGGUCCUGGUGAGCGACGACUCGGACGGAGAGGGACUGGUGGCUCACUUCCCAGCUCACGACAAACCCAUCUCCUGCAUGCAGUUCAACCCCAGCGGUGAGACACACACACACACACACACACACACACACACACACACGGUCCUGCGCUCCUCGCCAUGA